UCAGAUUAUUGAUGCGGUGGUUUGAAUCACGUUUGAAUUGAAGUGCUAAGCUUUGCGUAUAGUUUUAUUGGUCCUAGAUUAGCCUCAGUAAAAUUAACUAAUCUAUGGACCUUUAAAUUUUGUGGAAAUAUAGUGAAAUAGGUGUGAUAGUGUGCAAAAUAAGUAGUCAUGGUUUUGGCUGAAAGAAGUAAUGAUGUUCGAAACGGGAAGCGUUCGAGAGGGCCAAGCCCGAAUGGUCACGGCAGCCCUGAUUCUAGUUCUGAAGACGAAAACGUAGUGCCAUUUGCAGCUGAAAAAAUAAGAGUGGGGCGUGAUUACCAGGCAGUGUGUCCUGAGUUGGAACCCUUGGAGCAAAGAAAACCUGAUCAAAUAUCAGAUAGAGCUUUACUUGUUUGGUCACCUACAUCUGACAUAUCAGAUAUCAAGUUGGAUGAGUACAUUACUAUAGCAAAAGAAAAAUAUGGUUAUAAUGGUGAACAAGCACUUGGUAUGUUGUUUUGGCAUAAACAUGAUCUGAACCGGGCUUCCAUGGACCUUGCUAAUUUUACACCCUUUCCUGAUGAAUGGACAGUUGAGGACAAAGUGCUUUUUGAACAAGCUUUUCAGUUCCAUGGUAAAAGUUUUCACAGAAUAAGACAAAUGUUACCAGAUAAAUCAAUUGCAUCACUAGUAAAAUAUUAUUAUUCAUGGAAAAAGACAAGAGCUCGUACAUCUUUAAUGGACGUUGUGAGUGAAGGUCGUAAUCCUACUGGCUCAGGAAGUGGGAAAAGAGAAUCUGGGGCUGGAUCCGAACCAGGAGGUUCAGAUAAAGAUUCUGAUAAUGAUGAAAAGGGCGAGGGCGGCGGCGAAGCGGGCAAGUGGUGCACCGUCUGCGGCAUUCAGUGCUCGCAGACCACGCCGCACAACUCGCACAAGUUGUGCCAGGCAUGCCUCGUGCACGCCAGACGCACCGGCACGAUGAGACCGCUGUGCGGGCCCUCGGGGCGUCGCGGGCCCGGCUCGAAACAGCAGCGGUACAAGCACCGCCUGCCGCGAGGCAUUUACAUCAAUCACGACGAUCUUGUGGCCAUGGCCACCGGCCCGCAGCCCGGCGAGCCCACGCAGCCCGGCCUUGUCAAUCAGGGGGAGGCUAUGCUCAAAGCCAUGGACAGAGAGAUUAUCUCGCUCAAGAGACAAGUUCAACAAAACAAACAACAGUUAAGUGCUAUGAAACGCAAAGUAGGGGAUGUUGGUGUAGAGGAGCUUCGGCCCGGCGAACCGCCCGCAAAGAUAAAUUCGCGCUGGACUAAUGACGAAUUACUGAUGGCAGUCACGGCUGUCAGAAAAUAUGGUAAAGAUUUCCAAGCGAUUGCUGAAACACUGGGCACUAAGACAGAAGCACACAUCCGCACAUUCUUUAUUUCCUAUCGCCGUCGAUAUAAUCUAGACGCAGUUCUACGCGAGCACGAAGCCGAUCGCGGAAGCGCUAACCACAUACAAGCUGCAGGUACAACAAGUACAGAAUCUACUGAAAAUGAUGUGGAUAACAGUAAUGCCAACAGUGGUACGGGUUCUCCACAAACCAAUACGAAGGACGAGAAAACCGAAGUGGACAGCGAGGGCGUCGCCAUCGGUGCGUCUGCUGAGCAGGGCGGGCCGCCCACCACGCCACCCAAGCACAAGCCGAGCAAGUGAUGCCGUCCGCCGCGACCCCGCCCACAGCGCCGCGCACACACGUAGCCACAUCUCUUGACACACCAUCAUCAUCUAUAAUGAUCACUCGAUCGUGGAACUAAUUAUUCAAUAUAAAAUAUGCAUUAUGGUAAAUAAAAAUAUUUAUCGACGACAAAAAAAUACUUUGAUAAUACUUCGUUUAUGCUCAUAAAAAUUGGGUUUUAACAUGAUUAAUGUUAUAUCACAUCAUUAACAAAGGGUAUAACUUAAUAUGGCUAGUGUGUUCAAAGCUACAUUUAUAUAUCAUUUUUCAAAUAUUUGACACUCCUUAAAGUCAUAAGAUUGUCUGUGUGAAUUUUUUUCUGUUUAAUAUAUGAAAAAAAAAAUUAGGGAAGUGCUAAAUUAUGUGUCUAGUAAUCUCUUGGUCUACCAGCAUCUAGGAUAUAUAUCCUAACUAUAUGUAUUACUGGCAUACUGAUCAUAUUGAGUUGUUUUAAACAAAUAAUGGAAUGAUUUGCAUAACAUAAUCGUCGUUUUCAAUCUUAAUUGAGCUGUCGUCAAAGUACCACUUUCAGAAGUAUGUGUAUUAUACAUUUUACAAUAAAUGAGGUAAUAGUACAGGACAACUAACUAGGACACUGACUUUGUUCAACAAUUUCUUUUUUAAUGUAUACACACAUCAGCACUGUAUCUUGACUUUUUAAACAAUGAAUAUUUGUUAUGUAAUGCAAGUAAUAAUAAUAAUAAAAAUAAUUAUUCACUAAAUUUAUUACAAAUUUAGUAUAUAAUUGUUUCAUGUCAGAUGUUACAAUCAAUAUAUCUUUAAAAUAAUUCUUAUUUAUUUAACGAAAUUAAUUUUGAAGAUUCGACAUAUAAAAGGCUAAAAGUGAGGUUAGUUUCAAUAACUAUAUGAUUUAUAAUACAUUCAAUUUCGUCCAUUAGAUAAUUUAUUAUAAGAUAAACCAAUUCAAAUAUUGGAUACAAAGCAUUUACUUUUAAAUGUUUUAAUUGAACAAUAGAUAUUGUUUAUUUAUUUGAUUUAAUGAGAUUUGUAACAGAUUAUUUUAGAAUGCCUAUACUUUUGUAAAUGUACAAAUUAUAACAAAAUUUAAGGGAGAGUAGAACAUGACUAAUUAUGUCACAAAUAUUUUAAAAAUUAGGAUUAUUUCAAAGAAUAUCAAAUCAGGUUUCAUAUGUAAUGAAAGAUGUGAAAUUAGAGGAGGUGGUAUACGCUUUAGGAAUGGAGUAAGGACUUGUACAUAUAGAUUAAUUCUAAUAAUUAAAGCCAUUAUAUACGAUAGUUAAAAAGUAAAUGGUUAAGGAGCUUACCGUUAAGGCAAUACUUUAAUGUACUAGCGUUUAACUGAUAAGUUGAUAAAUAUUGACUAUUUAAAUCGAUAUUAUGGGUUUUCUUACAAUGUUUGUAUGUAUAAUUUUUAUGUUUAAUGACCAUAAACCAGCAAUAAAUUAGAAAUAAUGAAAUCAUUGAUAUGGAGUUGUAUUAUAAUUGUGCAUAUAUAAUUUUAUAUUAUAUAUACACAAUUAUAUCAUGAUAGUAAAUCUUAAAAAUGAAAAAUUAUAACCUGGAUCAAUAUAAAUGUACAGAUUGUACCGCUGUAUUGUAUAUAGAUAUGUGUAUAAUGAAUAAAUUGUAUAAUAUAGAGAUAAGCCUUCAUUAUAGUACAUAAUAAUGCUUUUAUUAGAUAUAUAGAAAAACUCGAUAGAUAUUUCUAUGGAGAAAAUUGAGCGAAAAGGUAAUCUUGUUCAGAGAUCUCCAGAACAUAUGCUUCGAAUACUUUGAUAUAUGAAAAAGUCAGCAAAGAAACAGUUUGUAACUGUAGCAGGGUCGCAGGAGUGCGAUUAGAACUAUAAAAUACAAUUAUGAUUUCGUGUUUCGUUCUAGAACCCCUAGAGUAAGAUAAAUUGGCAACACAUACAGUUGGCAAAAAAAUUAACUUCCCUGAGUUGUCAACAAAACUUGUUACAAUUAUUGUAAUAUACCAUAUAUUAUUUAACUUGAAAAAAUUACCAACGUUUUACGUUAACAAGUAAAUAGCCAACUAUUUAAGCGAAAACGCAACAUUACGGUUACGUUUUGAAGAAGAAACACAAGUAAUUAAUCGUGUUGACGUUUAAUAACAUAGUAUUAAUUUAAUUACUUGCAGUUGUUGCGUAGAUUGAUAACUUCUAAUAUGAAGUCGAAUAUAGAUGCUAAUUAUAUUAGUGUGAUUUAUAUUAAUUCUAAAGUUGAUUAGUUUAAUAUAUAAAGAAUCAUGAAAUAAGGUACAUUUUGAUCCGUAACCCACACUUGCCUUAAUCACACACCUCACAUAUACUCGCAUGCUUAAAGUAAUGUAUACUAUAUUUAAGUAAUAUUUAAUAACAUUUUUCUAAAAUUUUAAAAUAGUGUGUAAAGUUUUUAAGAGUUAGGUAGACUUUUUCAUGUUGUAUAUCAUUUUAAAAAAGUCCAUUCAUACUCAGUUUUUUAGUUAAAAUGAUUCGAGAUAUAUUUCACUUAUACCGUACCGUACCGUAACAGCCUGUGAAUGUCCCACUGCUGGGCUAAAGGCCUCCUCUCCUCUUUCUAAAUCAAAAUUUUUAAAACUAUUAACUGAUAUCGAAAUUUGUAAUAUACUUAAUCAAGAUUAUUAAAUAAUUUGAAAUAAUCUUAAAAAAAAUUGUUGCCAUUUAAUUAAAUAUUUAAACAGUUUUUCAUUUCAUUUUUGAAUCGUUGAUGAAUUAGCAUUUAACUUACAUAAAACAUGACAGCUACUUCAAAAAAAAUCGCUUAUUACUCCAUAAUUAAAUGUUGUCCUUAUAAAAUAGAUUAAUUUAAUUCUUAGGUAUUGAGGAUAUAGAUGAUAAAUAUUAAAUAUUGAUGAUAUUUUUGUACACCUAAAAGACAUGUCAUUUCAUACAAAUAUACGAUAACAUGGCGAGAUAUACUAUAAAAAUGGUAUUGUUUUUAAAUUUUAACAUUGAUAUUAAGUUCCUUUUAAUGUUUACAUUAUUGGAUUAAAAUAAGAUUGCGUUACGAGCAUAAUCUUUACUAGUUUUAAUAUUCUUACAUCACUGAUAAGAUGAUUGGUUUAACAAAGCCGAGAAUGUGGUUACCAUAUAUAGUUUGUAUUCAUUCUGAUUUAUAUUACUUUUUUCUAUAAGUACAUGGUAUGAGUAUAAAAAUCUAUUUCGUAUCUUUCAAACGCUCUAAAAAUCUAAAAAAAUCAAAUUGGUAUCGAUGAAUAAAACUGGUAUUUCUUUAUGUACAUUCAUAAUAUUCCGCCUAACGUUGCGUUAAGCAAUAUUUUUUUAAUUUUUAUUUGUAUAUUAUUUACGUUUAAGUUUUUACUUAUAUUGUUAUAUGUCGGGGACAUAUCGAGCUAUUCCUUGAGAUAUUGUAUGUAGCUAAUAAUAAAAAAUAGGUAAAUUUGACUUGGAGGUGUAAUUUAAUUCAUUAUCUUGCUUUUUUCAUUUCAGUAAUAAUAAUGUCUAAUAAUAAUAUUAUUAGAUAAGGAAUACUUUUAAUAUUUCAAUUUUUCUUUUGCAACCAGCUUUGAUGUUUCGUAAAAGUUAGUCAAAAGUAGUUUAAUUUUAUUAUAGCGAUAACUAUAAUUUAUGUUUUAUUUUUAAGAUUUUGGUAAUGGGUUUCUUUUCCUUUCGGAAUUUUGUAAAUAUAACAUAAAUAUCGUAAUCAUGUGCUCUCGCGAGCACGGAACCGACGGUGGACGACGACAUUAGUUGAAAUUAAGUUUAUUUCAAACGGCACACGCAAACCUAAUCGCUCCAAAGAAAUCCACAGAAUGAAGUCAUCUUAUUUAUUGAUGCUAAUUAGAACUAGUAGAAAAUUUUGUUACAGAAUUAAAUUAUUUUUUAUUAGAAUAUUAUGUGUUCUGUAUAUUAAGCGUAUUGAUCAGUUUUAGUUAUUAAAUGUUCUUUUAUUCUUAAGUGUAAGCUCAAAACAUCUGUUUGCGACUCUGUCCUGGCAGUGCUUUUAUCGAUUUAUUAUUUUCUAUGAAUUUCUAACAUUCGUAAUGUUUCAAUUUAAGUAUAUUAAAUAAACUUAAGUCUGUAUGAA